AUGGUCAAAUUUCUGUCCUUUGGCGUGGCCGCCGCCCUCGGUGCUGCCUUCCACACCUACACCUCUUCCCAGCGCAUGGUGGCGGAGUGCGCCGGAAAGACGGACGUCUUCACUACCAAGUUCAAGCCGUUUGUGCUGGGCGAGGUGCUAAACUUGGCUGAGGAUGUGGCCAUCUUCCGUUUUCUGCUACACGAUCCGAGCGAUACCUUUGACCUUGUGCCGUGCAGCACGCUCCAGGCCCACUUCAAGGAGGGCUCGAACAUGGUCGAUCAGCCCAUGCGCUUCUACACCCCCAUCACACCGAACGGGACAAAAGGCUAUUUUGACCUUCUCGUGAAAAAGCAGCGGCCAGGCCGUUUUACCGAGCACCUCUUCUCCAUGGAUGUCGGGGAGUCGUUGCUGUUCCGCGUCGUUCAGUACAAGCUGAUGUACAGGAAGAAUCGCUGGACCGAUGUAGGCAUGAUCUGUGGCGGCACAGGCUUGUGCCCUAUUCUCCAGUUCAUGAACGCCUCUCUGGACACAGAGGGCGAUUCAACGAAGCUUAGUAUGCUUUUCGCCAACCGCUCAGAGAAUAAGAUCCUGCUCAAGGGCUUGCUUGAUGAAAAGGCCCGCGAGCACAAGGAUCGCCUGCAAAUCUUCUACACAGUCGACAGCUUCGACGAUCCGAACAUGAUCUCAAACCCUGUGUACAAGAAAGGGACUCCCCUCACGGUGGACGUCGAGAAGCAGCCCAGCACGAGUCCUGAUGGCAGGAAGUACUUUCACGGCUUCAGGGGUUACAUUGACGUGCCCAUGUUGCAGGCGACGAUGCCGAAGCCGUCACCGUCGACGCUGCUUCUCGUCUGCGGGCCCGACCCGAUGAUGGUAAAGGUGGUCGGUGCAGCGCCGAUGGUGCUGCGCGCCAUGUCGGGGGGACUCGCGUACCAGCCCUCCGGUGCGGUACUGAACAACGCCGCGGACGUCUCCGGGUUUCUCGGCAGCCUGGGCUACGAGAAGGAGAUGGUCUACCGCUUCUAA